CCGAGGGGACGUGCUGCGGCGGGACAUCUACGACCGCAUCCCCAUCUUCCAGUGGAGCAAAGGGCGCGUCACGCUCAUGGGGACGCUGCGCACGCCAUGCAGCCCAACAUGGGGCAGGGCGGAUGCAUGGCCAUCGAGGACGGCUUCCAACUGGCCCUAGACCUGGACAAGGCGCUGGAGGGAGCUAGAAAGAAAUCGGAAAGCAAGGGGGGCGAGUUGAGGGAGCACGUGGACGUGGCGGGCGUGGUGCUGCAGUACGAGGGGGAGCGGCGCCUGAGGGCGGGGGCUGUGCACGGCAUGGCGCGGACAGCUGCGAUUAUGGCGUCCACGUACAGGGCUUACCUGGGGGAGGGCUUUGCCCCACUCUCGUGGCUGGUGAACUGGCGCAUUCCCCACUGGGGCAAGAUGGGCGGGCAGGUGGUGAUGAAGCUCUUUAUGCCAGGCAUGCUCAAAUGGGUGCUCACCGGCAACACCUUUGCUCUGGAGGGGCGCGCACCCUACUGCCGCAUCACUGACAAGGCGAGCGAAACCUCGCCAAGUGGAUGGAGGACGACGAUGCGUUGGAGCGAGCAACAGAGGCGAGUGGUUCCUGCUGCCCGCCGCUGACCGCAUGCCCCUCUCCGGCACCACCACUGACUCCGGCCGACCCAUUCUGCCCCUCGCUGUGGCUGUGACGCCUGAGGGCGCGCCUGCUUCCACCAUCACGUCGGCCAUCACCAUCGUCGGCUCUGCAGAGUGUGCACCAGCUAGCGGCGCAGCAGCUGUCAUCUCCUCCCUGGGGUGGAGGAGAAGCAUUGCCGCAUUGAGAGUCGCAGCGACCACACCUUCUAUGUGACCGACCUGAGCCAGUCCCAGGGCACCUGGAUCCUCAGAGUGGACGGAGCUCGCUCCAAGCUCACUCCCGGCUCGCCCACUCGACUGCACCCGGGUGACUCCCUCCAGUUCGGACCAAUCCCGAGGCUCUCUUCCGCAUCAAGCUGAGGAAGGCGGAGGACAGCGGUCGGGGAAAGGAAGCCAUUGCAGCUGCGACUGCCUAGAAUGGCAUGGAGUGUUAAUGCUCCAUGCUCCCAUAACUGCUCUGUGAUGCUUUGAAACAAUGCCAGGAAUGAUGGCGAAGUGAGCAAAUCGCAAGGUCUGGUUUCCAGAUUCUGUUCUUUCCUAAUGUACAGUAAUGUAGUAUAGACCUUGAAACUGGAAGUGAUGGGGAAAGUCACUCUAUGAUAUGGUACAGAAGAUAUUCCUUUCCCAGUGUCAUACCUAACA